UUAUGAUCCUUACUAUAGGGGGCACGGAGACUAUAACACAUUCUCCGUUUCAUCAGGAAAAAAUAACAACGGUUUACAAACAAAAACACAGUUCAAAGAACACAGAGUGUCUGCUGUACACUUUUGUGAAAAAUUACAAAGAUAAUGAACAUAUUUCAAGGGAUUGGAAAGUCGUCAGACUAAUGGCCGCCCGUGUGUGUCAACAAAGCCUAGCUCUAUCUGGGUUGGCACAAUGAAAUUCGGCCUUCGCUGUCAUCGCCCUCUAGUGGUCAUCUUAGGGCUACUCCACAACGGUUGGAGAUGUAUGACGUCAUUGCCUGUCGCCCUGAAAUACGUCACCAACUGCGUCACCCUCAGGACCUGCCGGUUCCGGCCCGGCGCGUCCUGGCUGAUCGCCUUCCUGGCAUGUCUGGCACUGGUGCUGCUGGCCACUGGGAGGAUCUUCCCCGAGGUGGUGCCGAGGUCUGACCUGGAGCUGGUGCUCAAAGACCUCCUGCGUCACGACCCCCGGACCGGCGUCCUGAGGGUCACCGUCUCCUUCCGGCCAGUGACCCCGGGUGAGGCGGACCUUUGUCUGAACGAAAACCUACAGACUAGGGAUCGAAUCUCACUCAGGGAGUACCGGACCUUCUUGAAGGAGAAGUCGGUUGCUGACGUGGUCAAGAGGAGGAGGUGUAACGUGGAGGCGAUGCCGCUAAUCGGCAGGUUUAUCCCGGAACUAAAGAGCCUCCGACCCUCGGAACUGAUCGCCUUGUUUCCGAUGCUGCGGGACGGCGGCCAUUACGUCCCGAAAGACUGCGAGGCUGUGGAGAAGACGGCCAUCAUCAUCCCGUACCGCGACCGCUGGGGCAACCUGCACACCCUCAUGCUCGUGCUCAUCGCCAUGCUCAUCCGGCAGAACAUCGACUUCACCAUCUUCGUCGUGGAGCAGUGUCGCGGCACCACCUACAACAAAGGCCUGCUCUUUAACGCCGGCUACCUGGAGGCGCUCAAGCUGGACACCUACGGCUGUUUCAUCCUGCAUGACGUCGACAUGAUCCCCCUGGACGACAGGAACCUGUACAGGUGCAACAAGACCUCGCCGCUACACCUCUCCACGGCGGUUAGCAAGUUUAACUACUCCACGCUCUAUUCUGGUCUGUUUGGGGGCGUGGUCAGUUUCACUCGCCAACAGUUCCAGACCAUCAACGGCGCUUCCAACAUGUACUUCGGCUGGGGGGCCGAGGACGAUGACCUAAGGGACAGAAUCCUGAACCGAGGGCUGAUCCCGUACCACAAGUCCCACAAGUAUGGCGUCUAUCAGAUGUUGCCACACGACCAGGUCAACGGGUGGGCCAAAAACCCUAAACGCUUCGAGUUAUUCCGCAAGCGCCACGAGCGCCAGAAUAUCGACGGUCUGACAUCAGCUGUCUACAAGGUGGCGUCCAUAGCAACCUUCCCGCUCUACACCUGGAUCACAGUUCAGAUCGACGAAGGGCAGGUCUUGAAGACAGUGCCGGAAAAGUUCCGGUCAGCACCAGAAGGCAUCUCGCAGCCGGAAGAAUACAAGAUGGUUGAAAUUCCAGAGCUACCCCCCUAAAUCUUACGUCAAAGCAUUGGUUACGCCAUAGGGGGGAGGGGAAUAACUCAGGGCCAGAGUUCAAGGUCAUCGCGCUGUGAUGAAUUUAUACAGUGAUUUGUAUUUACACGGUGAUUGGUUUAGGAAUCGAUAGAGCGAUUGAUGAGUAUUGAUCAUUCGGACGGCGGUAGGAAUCAGAACUCACCAUCCGUGCACAUGUUUUUGAUAGUACUGUACUUAACAAUCCGAUUUUAUAAUGUUAUGAAGUCAAAUUUCAUCAUGGGAAUGUUAAAGACACGAUAGAAGAGAAUUAAUCAUCUGUGUUUACAUGAGAAAAUAGUUGUAUCAUAUUGAGAAUUAUAUUCUAUAUUUAAAAAUCUACAUCAAUGACAUAUUUACAUACUAUUUAUAUAUAUAUAUAUGAAAAACUUUUUAAAAUUUAAUUUACUUGAGAGUUGAUGGGUAUUGGAAGAUUUGGAUGGGUGAAUGGACAUGUGGUUGAGUGGUUGGAUGGUUGGGAUGGUUGGAUGGUUGGAUGGUCCAUUAGGGUAAAAUCUUGAUUGGGGUUUAGCCAGCGUGUGAGUGUGUAGGUGUGUAGUUGUGUGUACAUGAGUGUGAGUGUGUGUGUGU